AUGACCAUCACAUUGUCCCGAAAUGUUACGGGUAUCAGUCAGAUAACGUCAGAACUUGGUAGUAAUAGGAAUAUCAGUCCAUUAUCAAUGUUUACCACUCUCUCGAAUACGAUUCUACCAUCGAGAGCAAACACAUCUAGUAUACCUAGUGUUACUUUGCCAAGCCAAGUUCUUUCAGGUUUACAAUUAGCUGUCGAUAAUAACAAUAAUAUGCAACAACAACAACAUCACAAUCAUCAUAAUAAUCAUACAGCUUCUAAAUUUGCUCUAGUACCCUCAAUCGGUACGAACGGAUCAGGUUUUUUCAUUAUGAUGCCAACAGAAGAUGUAUCGUCACUAUCGGAACAAUUGUCAGAUAACAAAUUUUCCAUACCACAAGAAGAAGAUGAUGAAGAAGAAGAGCGUUUACCGAAAGUUGGACAAGAAAAACGACGUGCUACACAUAACGAAGUGGAAAGGCGACGAAGAGAUAGAAUCAAUCAGCAUAUUCAACAAUUAGCAAAACUAAUUCCAGACUGUAGUACAUAUGUUAAAAGUCAGAGUAAAACGGCAGUUCUCGAAAAAACGAUACAAUAUGUACAUGAAUUACGGACAGCCAAUCAAACAUUAGCUAAACAAGGUCUUGCUGCCGAUCGAAUUCUACAAGAAAAUGAUUCAUUAAAGGAUAGAAUUCGUUUACUUCAAGGUGAAAAUGAUAUGUUAAAAUCAUUAUUGGCAAAAGGAAGUCUAUUAUGUGAACAUGCUGAAUCAAAUAUGUAA